CGUCUGAAGUGUGAAGCAGGAUGGGAGCCACAUGGAGGAAACUGUUAUUAUUUCAACACCAAUAAAUCCUCCUGGACUGACAGCAGACGUUUCUGCGUUGGUCAGAAAUCAGACCUGGUGAAGAUCGACAGCAGAGAGGAGCAGAUAUUCCUGUUAGAAAGACUGAGAGUCUUGAUGGUGGACGAUGAGGACAUGUUCUGGAUCGGACUCACAGAUGUACCGGAAGAAGGAAAAUGGAUCUGGGUGGACGGAUCAGCUCAGGAUAAAAGUUUGACGUUCUGGAAGGAUGGAGAACCCGACAACAAAAGUAAAGAUAAUGCACCCUCAGCUGACUGUGCGAGRAUGARGAAGAAAAUAGAAGCUGAUGRUCUGAAUUCCUGGUUUGAUAUUUCCUGUAAUUUUCCUCACAAAAGUAUCUGUGAGAAAACAGCUGAACUGAGUUCAUGUGUUUGCGUCUGAAGAUCAGUUCAGUCUGUGAACCGAUCUGAGUUCAGCUUCAGGAAGCUGCAGUGAUGCUGCUUUUAUCAAGAUAUUGUGUUUAAAAUGUUAAAUUUACUUCCAGACAUGUUGAAAUA